AGAUGAGCCAAAACACGAACAGGGGUGACAAAUCACUGCGCGAGGGCGAGUGGACCUCGUCUUUGCCUCCUCCCUGUUCCAGACGCAGGUCCCCAGGGCUCUGCGCUGCUGUUUUCAGCACUCCGGAAAGCCGGCGUCUUUGGCUCUAGGAAAGUGAACCAAGCUCGGGAGUUUUCCGUUCAGCACCUCGGACAGAGCACGCAGCAAAAAUAUGGCUCCGAUCGCUACCAGCCGGGAAGAAUUUGAUGAAAUCCCCACUGUGGUGGGGAUCUUCAGUGCAUUUGGACUGGUCUUCACAGUCUCUCUGUUUGCAUGGAUCUGCUGUCAGAGAAAAUCAUCAAAGUCUAACAAGACUCCUCCAUACAAGUUUGUGCAUGUCCUUAAGGGGGUUGAUAUUUACCCUGAAAACCUAAACAGUAAAAAGAAGUUUGGAGCAGAUGAAAAAAAUGAUGUAAAGAAUAAACCAGCUGUGCCAAAGAAUUCAUUGCAUCUUGACCUUGAGAAGAGAGAUCUCAAUGGCAAUUUUCCCAAAACAAAUCUCAAAGCUGGCAGCUCUUCUGAUCUAGAAAAUGUGACCCCGAAGCUCUUUCCAGAAGGGGAGAAAGAGGCAGUGUCCCCUGAUAGCUUAAAGUCCAGCACUUCACUGUCUUCAGAAGAGAAACAAGAGAAGCUGGGAACCCUCUUCUUCUCCUUAGAGUACAACUUUGAGAAGAAAGCAUUUGUGGUAAAUAUCAAGGAAGCCCGAGGCUUGCCGGCCAUGGAUGAGCAGUCAAUGACCUCCGAUCCGUACAUCAAAAUGACGAUCCUCCCGGAGAAGAAGCAUAAAGUGAAAACCAGAGUUCUGAGGAAGACCUUGGACCCAGCUUUUGAUGAGACCUUUACAUUCUAUGGGAUCCCUUACACCCAGAUCCAAGAGUUGGCCCUGCACUUCACAAUCUUGAGUUUUGACAGGUUUUCAAGAGAUGAUAUCAUUGGGGAAGUCCUUAUUCCUCUCUCAGGAAUUGAAUUAUCUGAUGGAAAAAUGUUAAUGAGCAGAGAGAUCAUCAAGAGAAAUGUUAGGAAGUCUUCAGGACGGGGUGAGCUAUUGAUCUCUCUCUGUUACCAGUCCACCACAAAUACUCUCACUGUGGUUGUUUUAAAAGCUCGACACCUGCCUAAAUCUGAUGUGUCUGGACUUUCAGAUCCCUACGUAAAGGUCAACCUGUACUAUGCCAAAAAGAGGAUCUCCAAAAAGAAGACUCAUGUGAAGAAAUGCACUCCCAAUGCAGUAUUCAAUGAACUGUUUGUCUUUGAUAUUCCUUGUGAGGGUCUUGAAGAGAUAAGUGUGGAAUUUCUGGUUUUGGAUUCCGAGAGGGGAUCCCGGAAUGAGGUGAUUGGGCGGUUGGUCCUGGGAGCAGCAGCAGAAGGAAGCGGUGGUGAGCACUGGAAGGAGAUCUGUGACUUCCCCAGGAGACAAAUUGCCAAGUGGCAUAUGCUCUGUGAUGGUUAGCCUCCUAGCCAUGAGCUAGAACUACUUGAUUUUUACUAGGCAAGGAGCAAUUCUCUUUCUUUGUGAUAU